AUGAUCUCCUUCCAUCGCUCUUUAAUCUUCCUCUGGGUGUUCAUCUCGGCACUGGCCAGCGCGCAAACGACCAAAGGCAGUACUGGCUAUGUCGGCUAUGACCUCGACCUCGAGGGCGACUCAGACAGCGUGAUCUUCUCGACCGACGAAACGAGGCCGAACGCAGGCGCAAACUUCCCAAAUCCAGAUGUCUACCUCAAUGCCAGCGUGCACGUCGGCACCAUCGACAUCCAAGUCGACAACCUCACCGCCAAAAUCAACCUAGACGCCCAAGUGCUCAACCUCCUCCAAUUCAACGCCGGCGUCGACCUCUCCAUCGACUCCGUCCGCCUGCUCAUCGAAAAAGUCCGGGCCAAAGUCCUGCUCGAAGUCCGGCUCGAGAACCUCGUCAAGAUGAUCAACACCACGCUUUCAUCCAUCGACCUCAACCCCAUCAUCGCGGAGCUCGGCGAAGGAAUCGGCGACGUGCUCAACUCGACUGGCGACGCUGUUGGCGGGCUCACGGGCUCGGACAGCAGCAGCUCGCUGGCGAAGCGCGGAUUGUCGUAUGAGCUUGAGCAUGGGAUCCUGUACUCAACAAACAAUUACCGGAACAACAAACAUACGAACCAAGUGUUGGCGCAGAACGGAGAUAUCGUGGCAGAAAGGUUGGAUAAUGAUGGGAACGAGCUGGGUUCGAGGGUGGUAGGGAAUUAUAAGAAUGAUAUGAGCUUCAAUGGGUACGAGAUCAAGGUGCGGAGAGACGGAGAGGAGGUGACGGAGAGGGAAUACGUGUACUCACCACACACGGGAGUUACUGCCAUUUGCGCCAUCUACACCAAUGCUGCCGGUGAAGUAGUGGGUACUCAAAUAAUCGCUGAGAGCAGUGCAGGAGGAAGUAGUACGAUCGGGGAAGACUAG